UCUUCAUCCUCUAGUCGUCGUCUUCUUCUUCAACAAUCACUAUUUCAGUAUACACAGCUUGUGGGGGUUUAUGGAGGGUUUUAACAAUCUCUAACAACAUGGCGCCUUCUUCUUUCUCUCUCCUCCUCCGCCACUUCUCCAAACAUCACCACCUCCACCUCCGCCACCACCAACACUACCGUCAUUUUACAUCUCCUCUCAUCAGACACUUCUCUCACUCUACUCCACCCCAUUCCUCUACAGAACCACCAAAACCGUCCUCUCUCUCAUCCCGCUUGAGCUUUGUCUUUGAAAAAAUCGACGAAAUUGAAAAGGAGCGGGCCGAGAAAGACGACGCUCUUCAGCGUAUUCGAGCUUGGCGGGAGUCCAAGAAGAAGAACAAGGAAUCUGAUGAUGGUAGUGUAAACAAUCUCGAAAAUGAGAAAUUAGGGUUAGGGUUUAGUGGUACUGGUACUGAUGGGGGUGAAGAAAUUAGGAAUUUGGACGGUGAUGUUGAUGUUGCUGCAGUUGGAGGAUUGGAGGAGGGGAAGAAGGUGGGAUUGAUGAAGAAAGAGAUUGAAUUGGCGCAUCCGUGGCCAGAGUGGGUUGCGUUAAUGGAGAGAUUGGUGCAUCAGAAUUAUUUUGAUCAUAGAAGGAAAGAUGAGGAUCAAAUGAUUGAAUGUUUGGGGUCAAUUGAUGUUCCAGGGUUUGCUGAGGAAGAAGGGUUUGAUUUUACUAGGGAUUGGAAGACUGUUCAUGCUGCUAUUAUUAAUUUUGGGAAAGACCGGUUCGAUCUACUGAGGUCAUUAUCGAGACAAGAUAUUCAAGCAUUCGUCGGGUAUGGAUGUCCUAGCACAGAUAAGAAGGUGGUUUUUUCCGCAAAACUGUUGAGGAAACAUGCUCAUCUUGACGAAGGAGAUGUAUGCAGUUCCUGCAGUUUGAGAACCAAAUGUGAAAGAGCAUAUUUGGUAACAAAUAAAGAAGACGAGGCAAGGACAAUCGAUGUAAUGCGUGUCAUAUUGACUUAUGGUUUUGAUCCCAUAAAUGGAUCAGUUGAAAACAAGUCUUUGUUGAAGCACAAAUCUGUGAAAACAGUAGUGCGUAAGUUGCUUCACGAGGUUGUCAGGUUAAGUGCAGUGCCGAUAGAUCCCAAUCUCCCUCCUCCAGUGAUCAAGAAGCGCCCACCAAAGGUGAAGCAGCCACCGCCUCCACCCAAGAGACGAGUUGGACGUGAUGAUGUAGAGAUGAAAAAGGGGGACUGGUUAUGUCCAAAGUGCAAUUUCAUGAAUUUUGCAAAGAAUUCUGUUUGCCUGCAAUGUGAUGCAAAGCGUCCCAAGAGGCAGCUGCUACCAGGAGAAUGGGAAUGCCCCCAAUGCAACUUUUUAAACUACAGAAGAAAUAUGACUUGCUUCAACUGCGAGCAUAAGCGACCUCCUGACGAAUACACGGAGACUCAGAUGCAAAGCAGGCAGGAGAGACCGGUUACUAGGCUGGAAAGAGCUCCUGACAGAGAACAACUUUCCAAUGCCUGGAACUUUGAUUUUGAUGACGACGAAUCAGAUGGUGCAGAUGUUGCAGCUUUUGAGUAUGCAGACGCUCGUGCAAUGAAUGAGGAUCAUCAUCUGGAUAAUCCGCCGGAAAAUGGUACCUACAGUAGGCCUCAGGAAAACCAAUCUGGGUCCAGCAGAACCCCGAGGUUUCAGGAGAAAGAAUCUCCAAUGCCAAUGCCUAUGCAAGCAAAACACAGUAUGGGAUUUGAUGAUUUUGACGACGAGGACGAUGACAUUGAUAGCUAUGAACUAGAUAAUCAAAACAGAAACCAGAAACAGGAAGCCCCUUCUCUUCGCUUUUCUGAUGUGGAAAAUGAAGGCUAUUCCGAUGCUGAAGGUGAUGAUGAAAAUCCAGGGUAUAGCAGAAGAAGAUCUAGUUCCUACCCCGAGUCACCCCGUUCUUUACAUCAACAAGGAUCUGUAUCUGAUUCAGGGGAUGAUGAUUCAGAUAAGGACCUUCCAGUUAACCCUAAGUGGAGGUCAAGUCACGUCGCUGGUUCUGGUCAAAGAAAUAAAGCUUCACGUGGUUCAUCCAAAAAAAUGAGUUUUGACUCUGAUGAAGAUGAUGAUAGGCUUGUUUUUGGGAGUGAUGAUGAUAUUGAAGAGGGUUUCACAUCUAGACAGCGUAGGGCGAACCAUUACGAUUCUGAUGAGAGGGAUCUUGGACGAGGUAAGCAGUCGAACCAAAACAGAAAACGUAGUGGGUUUGAUGGAAGUUUUGUGAAGGACAAUGAUUUUGAUGAUGACUAUGGUAGAUCUCGAGGCUCGCAUGGUAGUCACAGGGACUCAUUUGACAACGUACGUGGGCGUUUGAGUAUGAGGGGAGGCUCUCGUGGUAGUCAGAGGGAUUCAUUUGACAAUGAACGUGGGGAUUCGAGUAUGAGGGGAGGCUCUCGUGGUAGACAGAGGGAUUCAUUUGAAAAUGAAUACGAGGAUUCGAGUAUGAGCGAGGGCUCUCGUGGUAGACAGAGGGGUUCAUUUGACAACUAUCGUGGGCGUGGGGGUUCGAGUAUGAGGGGAGGCCCUCGUGGUAGUCAGUGGGAUUCAUUUGAAGAUGAACGUGGGCGUGGGGGUUCGAGUAUGAGGGGAGGCCCUCGUGGUAGUCGAAGGGAUUCAUUUGACAGUGAACGUGGGCGUGGGGGUUCGAAUUUGAGGGGAGGUCCUCGUGGUAGUCGGAGGGAUUCAUUUGACAGUGAACGUGGGCAUGGGGGUUGGAGUAUGAGGGGAGGCCCUCGUGGUAGUCAGAGGGAUUCAUUUGACAAUGAUCGUGGAAGUGGGGGUUCGAGUACGAGGGGAGGCAAUCGUGGUAGUCAGAGGGGUUCAUUUGAUAAUGGGCGUGGGAGACGUGGGUCCAGAACUUCAUCUGGAUAUGGAAGAUGAAUCAGAUAAUAAUUGGUAAGGUCAGGAUAUAGCCCCUCCAGGUAGCGGAGAACUGUAAGAUGAUGAUUCAGAAUGGGCAGGAUAUCAGCAUCUUGAAACAGAUACAACAAACAAUCCAUGGUUUUGGUUUCCUGAUAAACCAGAUUGAGAAUAUUCAAAUCUUCAGAAAAAUUGGUCCUUUCACAGAGUCUGAUCUGAGAUUCUGAGGUAAUUAUGACCUCAUGGAGUUGGGAGAUUAUCAGCAUGGCUGGAAAUGCUCACCCGUUCAACAAAUAGAAGAUGAAGAGGAAGGGAUACCUCAUCUGUUGCAGCAUGCUUGUGGAAGCGUGGUAGCACAUAGCCACAUACACUCAAAUUUCAAACUGCACCGUUUGUCUCUGAUACAUUGCUUGGCAGUUUAAUGCUCCUGAUAAUCUGUUGCGUUUUGGACUUUUGGGUGCUGCCUGUAGGAUGUAAAUGAUUAUUAGAUGAUCACAGAUUAUACAGAAAAACGGCUCCCUUUCACAAGUUACUAUUGAUAUUCUUCAUUGUUACCAGUCUUUUGAACAUUUUCCUUUGUGAAAGUGCAAUGUCAGAAUGAUAGUCCAAGCUUGAUUAUGAGAGUUACGUUGAAUUUGAGAUUUUUCUACUGGCACCAGGCCCGGCUAAAGGGAGGUUCAGGCGGACUUACAGCACUGGGCCACAAAAUUUUGGGGGCCCAAACAGAAAUUAUAUUGGCUAAACCCCCAAGAACAAGUAUUAUAUACUUAACAGCUGCUUAAAUUUGUAUUA